AUGCAUUCCUAUACCAUGGCGUCGCCAGACAGGAUGAGUGGCUCAGAUACCGGCCUGGAGGAGCCAGAGCUCAACAUUACUCUCACCCUCCGGAUGCUCAUGCACGGGAAGGAGGUUGGCAGCAUCAUCGGCAAGAAAGGCGAGACCGUUAAGAGGAUACGGGAACAAAGCAGCGCCCGGAUCACCAUCUCUGAGGGAUCUUGUCCCGAGCGGAUCACCACCAUCACAGGAUCCACGGAUGCUGUCUUCAGAGCCGUCUCCAUGAUCGCCUUCAAAUUGGAGGAGGACCUGGGGACAGGAGCCACCAACGGAGGAGCUGUGUCCAAACCGCUGGUGACACUGCGGCUGGUCAUCCCGGCCAGCCAGUGCGGUUCUCUCAUUGGCAAAGCUGGCGCCAAAAUCAAGGAGAUCCGUGAGACCACGGGAGCACAGGUCCAGGUGGCAGGAGACCUGCUGCCCAAUUCCACGGAGCGGGCGGUCACGGUCUCGGGCGUGCCAGAUGCCAUCAUCCAGUGUGUGCGGCAGAUCUGCGCAGUCAUCCUGGAGUCGCCGCCAAAAGGGGCCACCAUUCCCUACCAUCCCUCCCUCUCCCUGGGGACGGCUCUCCUCUCGGCCAGCCAGGGCUUUUCCAUGCAGGGCCAGUACAGCGGGGGGCCUCAAGCCGAGGUGACGAAAUUGCAGCAACUCUCUGGGCAUCCCGUUGCCUUCACCUCUCUGGGCCAGGCACCCUCCCUGGUCCCAGGCCUGGACGCCAGCCCCCAGAGCAGCUCGCAGGAGUUCCUGGUGCCCAAUGACCUGAUUGGCUGCAUCAUUGGCCGCCAGGGCAGCAAGAUCAGCGAGAUCCGGCAGAUGUCCGGAGCGCACAUCAAAAUCGGGAACCAGAGCGAGGGCUCCAGCGAGCGCCAUGUGACCAUCACGGGGACCCCAGUCAGUAUCACUCUUGCCCAGUACCUCAUCACAGCCUGUUUAGAGACAGCCAAAUCUACCUCCCAGACGCCCCCCAUCUCCAGUCCCGUUGACCUCAGCAUGACCUUCUCCCAGUCCCUCAAUCCAUCGCCGGGCCCCACGCUGACAGCGGUAGCCGCGCCCCCUCCCACCUUGCUGGGUGGCCCUUAUGCCAUCUCCCUGUCCAACUUCUUCGGCCUCAAGCCCGUCCCCUUCCUGACGCUGCCCCCUUCCUCGGCCGCGGGGCACAACGGCAGCCUCACCACCUACACGACCAAGAUCUCCACAGCCAACGGCGCCAAGAAAGCAGAGCGGCAGAAGUUCUCCCCGUACUGA